CAUCACUGGGUGCUCUUAAAAGUCUUUCAAGUGAGUGAAUCGGGAGGAGACCGCCCUUCCUCGCAGAUCUCCACUCCGCUUUGAGUUAGGCAGACGUGCCCGCUGGAAGAGUCUCAUCGACGGUGUCCACGCGUGCCUCACCCCCUCUGACGCGACGAGGAGGCGGCCAAGCGGAGGCUCAGACGCCCGAUAGACUUCGCUCGCUGACAAGCACACGCUCGAGAUAUGGGGUGUAGGCUGCCCAAGUUGCGCAAAGGCGAAGAGACGCAAAGCCCAGGCAACAUCUACUCCACCUUGCGAAGGCCUCAGGUAGAGACCAAAGUGGGAGUGUCCUACACAUACCACUUCCUGGAUUUCCUGUUGGGAAAAGAAGAGGUGCCAGUGUCAUCCGUGCUGUGCCUGUCUUCAGUCAGAGAACUACCUGUCCAGGUGAGGGAGCUCUAUGCGCAGGGCUUCGUCCUGGUUGCCGUCCAUCCCUUUGUGCAUCCCUGCGGCCCCCGUCAUGCCCACAUCCAGCGGCAGCUCCACCGAGCCGUGCUGGUUCGAGAAACACCGAGUUGGGACAAAAGCCAGGAGAGGAGAUGGUGGCGACGUGGUCUGGAGACGGACGUGUGCGCGGCCGGUCAUCAGGCUGCUGACCCGGAGGUGAUUCAGAGCUAUGUCAAGAGGAUCCAGGAUGUAGCCGAGCAAGGCGUGAUGUUCGUGGGCUUCCUCCAGCAGCCAGGAGGGGCGCCCUGCUUCUUGGCCAACUGGGACCCCGACGAGCUGUCCUCCUUGCACUCCAGCCCCUCCCCCAUACACCGACACACCCUCAUCAGCGCCAACGCCAGUCCGACGGAUCCCGCAGAGCCGCGCCGUGAUGACACGGAGCGAGGCGGCCUCCCCUUUGAGCCUGGAGAGCUGGCUCAUGAAAGUGGAGAUCAUAAUACACGGGAUCACAAGCCCAUACUGGCCCUCACCGGCCAGCCUUCAGAAGUCCACCCAGAGGGAUCUAACGAGUGCAUUCAGGGUGUACACAUCCCCCUCGAAGAGUCACUUGAAACAAUACAGCAACCUCUCGGUCACACAGUCCAGCCAUGUGAAUGUCAAACCCCACUGGAGACCCAAGAGAGGCAGCCGAGUCCUGGUAUGAACACCCAGGAGGAGCAUAAACCCCCAGAAGAAUCCCCAGAGAAUCAUUCCAGACUUCCUAACGUACGUGAAAGGAAAGAUUCAGCCUUGGAGUCUACCAAGAACAACAACCACAUCUACCUGAAAACACCAGAAACCAAGAAGAGCGAGCCUUCGGCACCAGCACAGGCCCGACUGCAGCUGUUUGCGCUGUACAACUCCACGGGGGAGAUGAACACCUCUUUAAGGUUCUACUCACUCAGGGUGCCCUUACGGGUGCACAAGGAGGCGGGGCUCGUGACGGACAUUGACGGCGACUGGCUGGACCACAUGACGCAGCAUUUCACCAACGGAGCGCAACUCGUCGACGGCUUUUUUCACCUCGGAGAGGAUAACGUCCCUCCGGAUAAUGGGGUCUCAUCGGUAGACAGCGUGUUCAUCUUCCACAACUCCACGGAGGAGACCACCAGCACCUCCUACGACGCCAUCGUGGUCGAGCAGUGGACCGUCGUCGACGGGGUGGUGGUGAAGGCGGACUACGUUCCGCUGCUGCAGUCUCUGGCGCCAUACGGAUGGAGGCUCAUGUGCGUGUUGCCCACGCCCAUUGUCAAGACCAACAGCGACGGGAGUUUGUCGACUAAGCAAAUCCUCUUCCUUCAGAGGCCCGUUUUGCAGCGCAAGAGGAAAGACUUCAAGAUGCUGAACCUCCGAGGUCGCCACAAGGCAAAAAAACACUCAUGUGGAGAGAUGCUGGAGGAGGGAGAGGACAGGUCCCUCGUCAUGGAGACGGAGAUGGACAAGCUGAGGCGCACGCGGGAGGACGAGACGGACGGGAGGAAGAGAUGGAGCGAGGAGGCCCAAGAGGACGCCCGUCAAAGGGACCUCUCGUUCCUCUCGGGCAGCUCGGCGUCCCUUCAAGACCAGGAAGAGGAGACGGACAUUGACAGUUUUCUCACAUCCAAGGGGGAGAAGACUGUGAAAUGGACGGACGUGUGUCACACAGACGGCCGGAGAGGCGUCAAAGAGGAGGUAAAGAUGGAAGAGCGCAUCAAACAUCAGCUCUUUUCUGGCGUCUGUUGACAUAGCGGGCCUUAAAUGUUAAUAUUUCACUUCAUUAGGUACACCUGCACAAUCUACCGAGCUUCAGUACCAAAAUAAUCUGCUUUAAAACUCACUUAAAAAAAAAAAAAAACUUGUAUAAUGAUGUGGAGUGCAUGAGAAAGUGUAAAGGAAAACAUCUCUUUCACCACAUGGUCCUGUAUUUGCAAGUAUAGGACACAACACAAGCAACAACAAAACCAAUGUUGUAAUACGAGUAGGAAGCAAACUGCAUUCAUACUGUAACUGACAUUUCAAAGCACAUGCAGAGGCAGGUAAAGCCGCUGGAUGCCGACCACUCAUGCUGCUACAAAUGCGGCUACUGCCAUAUUGUGGAGGUUGCCUACAGCCAAAGCUGUUCAUGCCAGUAUUUCUGACCCUGGCGUUUUUUUUGCUUUUGUAGACCUGGACACCUGGCAACAAUAGGAGACUUGAAUGAACUGACUAAGGCGCUAAUUAGAAAAUGAUGGUGAUUUAAAACAAGGUAACAUGAUUGUUGUAUUUCACUUCAAUAGGUUUGACACACUCAAUUAGCAUUAUAAACACGCAGUACGAGUCAGAAAUGAGCAUAUUUUUAUUUCAUACCACACGGCGCAUGUUAUCUUUACAAAGGCAGACUCAUUGAUACAGCUCUUGUAUUGGACCUUAUUCUGCAGGUGUACCUAAUGUCGUGACCACAGAUCCAAAAGGGAGUUUAGAUGACCCCCUUUAAAGUCUAAACUGGUGUAAAUGUGCGUUUUGCUGCUUUGGGUCGGUGUUGCUAAUAUGAACAGUGUUGUUAUAUAAUAUGAAAUUAGAGGGCACAAGUCAAGUUAGAGUGAACUUAUUGGUCCACAAUAAAAGUUAUGUUGCCUUUUUUAUAUGACUGUUAUACAUGGACUUACUGCUUUAUGUAAAUGAAGACUUUUUAAAGGUCAGUCUACCCAAAUGUUACAAGAAAAAAGUAUUUUAUGGUCGAGUCAGUGUGUUGAACUAUCUUCCAUCCCGGUUUAGGGGAUUGUAUUAGUUUCCUAAGUCUUAAGACAUGACAGCUAUUAGGAGAAGUGCUGCCGAACAUCAAGUAAUAGAAUUUAGCUUGCCAAAGAAAGUCCUUAAUAACACAGAGGCUUGAUUUCGAAAGAAACUAUUACAGCAGCUGUUGGAUGUCUAAUGGUAUUUGUGAAAAUCAGAUAUUUAGGUACCACCAGGUAAGGAAAUGUACCGAUUCAGCACUUAUGAGGUCUAAUAUAGCAAUGCUCAGUUUAAUGUUACAUGUUUAUUGUUAUUGCUUUUGUGGACCCAGUGUGGCAGGCGAGUGUAUUUGGGUAAAUUGACUAAGAUAAGAGAUUGUGUACAGAACUAUUUAUUUCCUUCACUUCAUGUGUUAUGUGUAACCUGUAUUUACAUAAAAACUGAGGUAAAUGAAGCAUUUCACGCAGCUUCUUCAAUCUCAUUUAUUUCCUGCGAUCAUCACAGCGUAGAACAUUUCCCCUCAUGGAAACAACUCAAAUGAAUCGACAAUGGCACCCCCGCUGAGAGACGCCCACAAGAAGCUCGCGACCGUCUCCACGGGAUGUUUUUUAAGGAUGCCGACCAAUCAGAGGCCACCUGGAGGCUCCAUUACAGUACGCUGUUGCUUUUUCCAUUCAGCCAUGUGAUACUGCUUAGGAGUCAAAACACAGAAAAUUAGCCAAUUUGUACUGCACUAAUUCAGGGAGUUAAAUGUAGAUAAAGCACUGUAAAGCAAUUCAACAUUUGUAAUGAGCAGAUAAUUUGCUAGAAGAGAAAUGAGUCACUCAAAUGAAAAAAUAACUACAGUCUUAGUGUAGAUUUGGAGAAAGGCGUUAAGAUGGAAAUGGUAACUUCCAGGGCUUUAAGAAGUGUCUGCAUAGGAGUACUCAUGCAUACGUUCUUCUAAAUUGAUAAAUAUCAGAUAUGUUGUGCGCAGUGACUAAACAAUGUCGUCUUUCAAGUUCAAAUGAAUUCAAUGUUCUGUCAUCUCCUGUGGAUCAUGCGCCGAGUCCACACACAUGGAAUUUUCAAGUGUUUUUCCUCUCACACAAACGCCUCAUCCUUGUUAAAAAAAAAAAAAAAAGGCAAAAAAAGGGAGCAAGAUCCUGGUGAACGACUGUGUGGGGUUGUGGGAGUUGUAGUAGCAGCUACCACCACUUCUCAAAGACAAUUCUGUCCUGUGGCAAUCCCAGGUCCGUAAGGGUUUUGGAAAUUGCCUCAAUCAUGGGUGGAGGUCCACAUAGGUAACAUAAAGUCCUCUGUGGGUCCACAUGAGAUCGCAGCUCCUCCUCGGUGAUUCGCCGCCCUGUGGGGAAAAAAGUCCCUUGAUAAGAAAAGACAAGCUUGUUUGACCAAAAUAAUACGAUACACUCUUGGGAGUGGAAGUGGCGAGUUCACAAAUCAACACAACCCUUGUCUAAAGUGGAUGUUAUGUUGACCAAACAAUUUCCCCAUGUCCUAUCGUGACUUGAGUGCCUGGUCUUUCAAGCAAAUAACUGCCAGGGUCUAAUUAGUUCUGGGUCAAAAAUAAUAGGCAUCAACAGCUGUGGCUGUAGGCGACCUCCCGAUGUAUUUUUACGACCGGCACAAGAAGAAGGUAGCAGCAUUUUAAGUGUCAUGAGUAGUCAGCUUCCAGCCACUUUAUCUGCCUCUGCAUGCGCGUUACAAUGUUGGUUGCGAUACUCAGUAACUCAUCACUGGUAUUAUACAACUUUGGUUCUGUUGCUGCUGUGUUGUGCAAUACACUUGUUAAUAAAUGACCAUGUGGUCAAAGAGCGCUAUGUUUUCCUUUCCUCUCAUGCACAAAUCAUGACUAGUUGUAUUAAGGGUACACACACGACAGUACUUACGGUUGACAAGAGACUGGAGAUGUAGCUCAACAUCGGUGCUCUGCUGGGUCACGUGGAAGUCACAUGACAACUUAUCAGGAAACUCCCUGCACACCUGCAGGAUGGAAUUCUUGGCAAGAAAACGGAGCACACCUUGAAGAGAAGCUCCUGCGUUGUCUUGGCGCUGUAGCAAAGGUGUGCUGAGCCAAUGUUGUAUACCCGCCCGCCGGGGGCGCGGCUGAGUUCCAGCAAAUCCGCCGCAUGCGCCAAAAUGGAGUAUAGUGGGUUGAUGCCCACGCCGCCGGCGACCAGCAGAAGAUUCACGGCGGGGUCUGAAGGUGAGGGGUCAAAGUAGAAGUCACCACCGACGCGCAUUGUCACCUGAGAGCCAAGAGUACACUGAAGGAGGAGUGAAAUGACUGUUUUAAUAUAUAGACAGAGCUAAUGCAGGGAGACAAAUAUUUGACCUUUUCGCCUUAAGAUAUGAUAACAAAAGCACAUUAUUAUGAAGCUAAGAUCACAGCAAGCUUCUAUAUGAGGAAGCGUGCACACCUGCAGGUAUGCCAGCCCACAACUGGCAGGAAGCCUUUUGAAGUCAAUAAGUAGUAAAUACACUUUCAUGCACAUCUGAGCCAGAGUGAACACACAAAAACACUCCCACUCGUAAACUGCCAGCACCGUCCCCACACUGUUCACGCUCACCGAGAGGAAAGCAGAAUCAAACAAACAAACAAAAAAAAGAUCAUCAAACGAGUCCAGAGUGUCUCCACACACUACUAUCCUUUAUUCUUACACACACACACACACACACACACACACACACACACACACACACACACACACACACACACACACACACAGCAGAGGUGUUCCAUGUACUUUAUUGUGGCUGCUUGGGAGUAAGAUAUUACUAAAGUAACAAUUACAUUAUCAGUUGCUUUUAACUGAAACAUUUUAACCUUUUCUCCAGACAUGUCCUUUAUUUGGGCCAACAAAAAGUGCCCCGUGUGGAUUUUCAGAUCCAGGUUAACUCGGUCGGUACAUAUUACUCCUGUCGCUGUGACUCAAGGACUCGCCUUCCUGUGCUGUCGUUGGCUACCUUGUCAGUGUCUGUUGAUGUACCAGUGGACAAUGUAGACAUCAGUCAUUACAGACCCUCCAGGAUUUCGCGAUGUUGCGAGUGUCGACCAAUCUUCGUGAAUUAUGUACACUCUCGCACCUUCUGCCCGAAACUUUCCCGCACAAUCAUAGUCAUCGCAUGUGUGCCUGAGCAGCACGCAGACGCACACGUCAACUGUCAACUGUGUCCCUGCAUCGCCCACCGACGUCCUCACUUCCUUGUUUACGUUGACAGAGAUGAUAAUCUCUCAUCCUCUCUUAUUUGCCAACAAAAAUAACCGCUACAGACGGCGCUCAACAGUUCCACAAUACUUUAUGUUGCAAUGUGUUGCAACAUAAAGACAAGCACUUUUCAACUGCAAAAGAUGCACGGAGAAUGUCUGCAAUUUAGAUGACGGAGCAGACAACAAACAGUACGGGAGCUUUGGUGGGGUUUGUUUUGCAAACUAUGUACACGUGUGUGUGAGCUGGUCACAUGUGUAAAGCUGCUUGAAGUAAAAAUCACUUUCAAAAGCAGCAAAACCCCAGCUUUGUUCCACAUGUUGCCAUGUCAACUUACGUUUUUUUGUCUGUACAGUUAAUGCUUUAUGCAGGUGGCAGGUUGACCUCGGAAUAGGUUAUUAGAAUGGGAUUUUUUCCCCAAAAAUCUCAGGUGACCAGCAUCCUGAAUAAGUGUGUGUGCCCUGAGAGGUUCCCCUGUAUCUCCAACCUAAAGCUGUCAAGAUCACAGCCGUACAUACGGUUGAGUUCCUCAAUCCCCUUUCAAUUGAUUUAUUUCCACUUGUUGGUUUUGAAAGAUAAAACAAUGAAACAAGCUUGAGGUUGAGGUAGUCUGUGGUCACCUCUCAGCUGGUGACACUUCUAGGAAUCAUCGUCAGGUAAAGGCAGGACUACGAAUGAAUCAAUGACAGCUUACUCACCGCGGUGUGAACCCACUGUGCUGGCGGGUGUUUGGAGUGUUUGACCGCCAACUCCACCACCCCCUCCCUCUGCAGCAGACCUGGGCUGGAGCACAUGGAGAAACCUCCCACCUUCUCCACUCCGGGGAUGAACAAAUCCACCCUGCAAACAAAGCCGGAUCAUCACUUUUGAUUUCCGUUAAAGCUUGGGAAGUUUCCCACUCAUCUCUCCCCCUCGCGGAAACACUUCACAAUAGCUGAACGAGAGAAAGCCUGACAGAACAAAGCUUGACCAGAGGGUAUGGACAUGCUGAGCUGAAGGUCAAUGUGGGAUUGUGUGUAGAGAUGCAACCUUUGACCUCAGCCAGGAUAGCUGUUCUAGAAAGGAGCGGGAACAAAACCAAACCAGAGAAAAAGUUACACUACGCUCAUUCAGGAAGCAGCGCACCAGUCUUAACAGUCUAUCCUUCAGCACGUGACCCGGAGAGGACAACAAUGACUCAGCUGUUGUUCCUCCCAAACAAUGAGCGUCUGUUUAACCAGGGAGAGAGAAUGACUCCACAACCUUCAGCAUCAUGAAUAUGGAUGUGCUGUGAAGACGACGCGUAUGUUCCACCCACAACCCUCCUCUUUCUUUCUUCUCUUCCUCUUCUACCACCUAGAGACGAACAACUUAACAGCCCUUUUUCUCUCAAACACUCAAACUCAAGGAUUUCCAUGUAUUUACAUUCAUUAUCAGGCGCUGCGGGGAAACUGGCUGACGGGUUUUUAUAUCUCGCCACCGCCCACCUACAGUAUGCGCUCUCAUGUGCGUGUUCUGCUCAUUAACAUUGGCAGCGCUGACUGACAGACGCACACCCCCGUGAAGCCAGAACUUGUUUAUUUUAACUAAUUUAUUAUUAAUCGCUAUGAGUCCUGUAUAUGAAGUGUGCAGCAUUUAACACAGGCUUUCAAUCAUUAUCUUGACAUAAAUGCCCAUCCCCUGAUGGAUUCAUGACGUAUACAUAUUUAAGUAUCUAAAUGUAUAAACUAAGAACUUUGCAGCAUCUCUUCACAACUGUUUCCAACACAGAUUACUAACCUUAUUUCACCUCUCCUGUAAACCUUACAACUGUGCCACGGGGUAUGCGCUGGCAAAUGAAACACCGCCCCCACCUGGCGUACAAAGGCACUGCAACGUUUGUCAACGACCAGCUCCAUAGGAAGCUACUUUUUCAGUUCAUUUGGAUUUGCCGCAACAGGAAAACAGCCAAGCAACCAUUUGCGUUUAAUGGUGCACUCACCACUGUCCCGCCUUGAAGUUGAAGUCCGGAUGGACGGCUAUCCUGAGACGUUUUACCGUCUCGGACUCGUUGAUGAUGCCACACACUUGAGCAGGAUACAGAGCCUGUGUUUGGUUGAGGGUUUAAGGAUUUGACAUGCAAGGUAUAAUGGACUAAAAACAAAAAUCAUCUUACACUUUGUCUUUGGUUGUGUGCCGUCCUCUCUA